CGUAAAGCAGAAAAUAACCCUGGACGCUGGAACUGCGGUCAGUCGUGUUGUGCGUCUCAUAGUGCUAACUAGUGAUCAUCAUGGUUCUCGACACAGAAGACUGGGCUGACGAGCUUCCCCCAGAACAGAUCGCCGUUCUACGUAAGGCGUUCGAUGGCUUCGACCACAACCGCUCGGGCAGCAUCCCGUGUGACUUCGUAGCUGACAUUCUGCGGAUGAUGGGGCAGCCCUUCAACAAGAAGAUCCUGGAAGAGCUCAUCGAGGAAGUUGAUGCCGACAAAUCCGGUCGCCUGGAGUUCCCAGAGUUCGUGACGUUGGCCGCCAAGUUCAUCGUGGAGGAGGAUGCCGAGGCCAUGCAGAAGGAGCUGAGGGAAGCCUUCAGAUUAUACGACAAAGAAGGCAAUGGUUACAUUCCCACGUCGAGCCUGCGCGAGAUCCUGCGCGAGUUGGACGAGCAGCUGACGGACGACGAGCUCGACGGCCUCAUACAGGAGAUCGACACCGACGGCAGCGGCACCGUCGACUUCGAUGAAUUCAUGGAGAUGAUGACCGGAGAAUAAACUUUUUCCUAUCUUAUUAUUAUUUUAUACUUUUUUAUGCUUUAAUUUAAGAUUUAUCAUUUAUAUUCUUACACAUCUUGUACAGACUACAUCUUCUGUUGACCUAAAAAGAAGUUACAUUACUGUAAUAUUAAAACACUUAAUUUA